CUUUUUCCUAAAGACAGAAGCCUUUCAUCCCUGCUUCCUCUGUGGAAUUCAGUUGCACAAAGAGAGGCACUUCUCCAUGCUCUCAGAGCCCCAGAUCGCCCGUGGGUACCAGGCAUGCUCACAAGGCUGGCAGGUGGGACUGGGGUUCUUCCAGGAUAUAAACAUCAGGAAGACCUGCAUCGCUUAGUGUGUGCUUCUCAUUUGUUAAAGAGGAAUUUUCACACAGAAAACUGUUCAAAUCAGGUUACAGAAGCACUAAAUACUAGAAAAUAUAAGGUUCUGUUUCACUUAGUCCCUAUUUAGGCGUGCAUCAGACCGUGAUGACCGUGACUUCUUUGUACUUUUACUGUAAAGGUUCUGCUCUUUGUAGUGGGUGUAGGUCAGGCAGAUUUCUAUACUAGUUAGACUUCUUUUUUUUUUUUUUUUUAAUCUUCCCACAGCAGCUCAGAGCUGUAAGAAGGUGUUCAGCUUACAAAAUGAUGGCAGCAAAUUCCCUUCUUAGUAAAAGAUUCCUUUUAAUAAGAAGGGAAUCUUUUAAUGUUGUCAUUAUUCACGAGGGAGGACUGAUGUGCAUGGAAAGGUAGAUGGCAGUAUUUUAUGUAUAUGUUGCUGUAAGCAUCACUGAUGAGUACUAUAAAUGUACUGGAUGUGUGUUAGGGUAAAGGUUUGCCUUUAUUAAGCAGGCUUUGUGAGUUGCUUUGCCUUUUAUUUAGACAGGUCAUCAUAUGACAUCACUUUGGAACCACUGCCUGUUAUACAACUUUUACCUGAUGCCUUUGAUUAAAGUAGUGUGAUUUGUUGAAUUUUCUUUAUUUGCACUUUUCUGGGAUGUCUGUACAGCCUGCUUGUAGUCCACCUAUCUGAGCUGUACAGAUACAGUGCAUGCUUGCUAAAAAACAAAAUACAGCUGCUUUUAACCCCUUCACAAUUUAUCCUCAAUUUAUUCUGAAAUGUAUUCCUGUUUCCUCUAUGUUCAUUGCACUACUUCUUUAAUACUAGUUUUCUAAGGAAAUGCUGAGGACAAGGAAGAAAAUCUACAGAGUAUCAAUAUAACGAGCAACUCAACAGCAGGUGUAGUUGUAACACAGUAUACCUAUAAUGUUGCUUUUUGGCUGUUAAAUACAUUUUUAAUUUUCUUUCUCUGAUUUCUCAGGUAAAGAACAUCUCCACAUCUAAAGAGUGUUAUUCUAAUAAAUGGCAUUUUGAAUCCAUCAUUAUUUUUCAGGCUUCUGACACUGUUGUUGAAAACAAGCAUCAGAGCUUUUCAGAGUGAAAACCAGAAGUGCUUUGAAGCUACUUGGUUAUCUUCUGUUGCAGAAGACCUGUUCUCUGAAAGACUUUUGUAUAGAUGUUGGAAGUUCUGGGGCAUAAGAUUGUGUUAGGAUUUCCACUUAUUCUGUCAGGCUUUUUUAUAGUAAUUCACUCCAUUAAAAAACAAAAAAACAAACAAACAAAAAAAACCAAACAAAACCAAACAGUUCAGUAGUCUCAUACCUACUUAACAUUGGUUUCAUCCCAUGACUGCUCAAAGACCAGUUCCCAUAAGCCAGAUUUCUCUGAAAUCGAAAUUUAAUGUUGAACUGAAUUUGAGCAAGUAUAUAGAUGCAUAGUUUCAUAACAGCCAUGCAUGGUAUUAAAAAACAAUGAUAAUAAUAAAAAAUCAAGUAGUUUAAAUAAGCAACAGUUGGAGGUUAUGUCCCUGUUGUGCCCAACAACAAAAACAUAGAAGGCUUUAAGUAAAGGACCAGAAAAUUAUAAUUUAAACAAAAACUAAUUCCACCAGAGAAACUUGUUAGCUGUCGUAGCUGCUCAUGGAACAGAUGUUCCACUUCCUUUGUGAAUUAAGAACUAAAGCGAGGAGAGAAAGCCCACCAGCACACAUGGAGGACUUCUGUCUUCAGAUUCUUCUUCACUACUGGACAGCAUCUCUAAAAUCGGAUGUGCUGAGGUUCAUAGGAAGGAGCCAGUAGGAAUCAGAAUGGUGUCAUUCCCAUAAAAAGGAGAAAAAAAUAUACAAAGGCAGAACAUGAGAGUCAAGGAGAUUGGUUUCAUAGUGCUCUCAGUUCUAUCUCAGAUGAAGCACAGCCUGUAGCAUCAAUUAGAUGGAAUGUGGGAAACAGCUUUUCAUUGUCCAAUGCAAAUAAAUGAAGGAGCAAUAUCAUCACUUCUACAGGUCGUCAUGUGCAAGAAGGUUGAAAGCAUUCUUGAGCAGAGCAUAUUGUGGGAGUGAAUGGAGGAGCACAACACGAAUGGCAUAUUCUGUUUGACACCUGCCAGGUCUGAAGAUGCAAGUACCAAGGCAUAGCUUAGAGUAGCCCUAAAGCUUCUUUAAGUUGUGCUUGGAAAACAGUUGUUGGACUUGAAGGGGUCAUUUGAGUGUAUUUUAAAAGCAUGUUUAUAGUUCACACCAUUUUUUUUCUGUAAUCACUCUAGGUAUGGUAUUGUCACAAGCAAUGAUCUGACUUCUUCAGUAUCAUUUUUACUUCCAAUAAAAUUUCAAAAACGUAACCUACACGUCUUUUCAGUUGUCUGAGUAAGCUGCUGUAAGUAGCUCAGUGUUGUCAUGAUGAUGCUGCUUAAAGCGUAAUGUGGUAGAGAUCAUAGAUCCACAGUUGCUCUGCUAUUAUUAACUAGAGGUACAGUGUUAUUAAAUUACACACCUGCUGUCUUACAGCUCUGCCCUGGUUUUACACUCUGUUGUGCCAGAUGCUCUGCAGAGCUUUCAUAAUCAGUGAUAAAUACUGAUAGCAAUAUCACAGUAUAUCCGCAGGAGUAGCUCUGUGACCCAUUGCUAUAAGCUGAUGGAUGUGCUAGUGAGUGUUUUUUUGCUUAUCUCCAUAAUUUGGACACCUUAAUCUGCAAAGUGUUUCUUAGCCAAAUAUUUCUACAUGAAUUUUGAUGGUCAAAAUGAAUAAAACUGUGAAAGAAGGUAUGUGCUAGCAGUUCCACAGAAACCUUCCCCACGAUGCCUGUUAUCUGAUUCAGCAGUCAUUUCUCCAGCUGCAGAUGGAACUAAAAGAAGCCUGGAAUACAUGUCUAGAAGGAGAAUAAUUGAUGAAUCUGUUUAUCUGUAGUGUUCUUUAUGUUGGUGCAGUAAAACCAUGGGUUUCUGCAGGGAAGGUUAGUAAACAGUUUGAGAGUGCUUGACUGAAGACCUGGUUUUGAUACGACUAUAUUGCAAUAUAUCUUAACUCAGCCACUUCAACUGGGAAUACAUCUGCUAAAAGGGGCUUUAUUCUAAUUUUUAUUUUAAUUAAGGAAAUUCAACACAAAAGUAUGUUUAUAGUUUGCAUAUUCUUUGUCUCGUGUACACGUGGAGAGUAACAGAACUGUUAAAUUGAACAUAAGAUGAACAGUUUGUCUGGAUGAUGGUAAUGAGAAACAAAUGUUUUUAUGUUGUUACAGGUGAGCUGCCAAUUAAAACUUUCUCUGGUGAUAACAUUGUUUUGGUAAGGAGCAUACACCAUGAAUGAACUGUUACUCUGUUUUAGCAUAGCAAAUCGACCUGUUUUACUCAGCAGACCAACUUGUGAAACUCUCCUUGGUUGUGUGGACUUAUCUUCUGUCUGGUGAUUUCUGGUAGACUUUGGGAUGCCUCCUAAGAACCAGGAGGGAGGCAGUGCUGGCAGGUCUCUGACCAAGCAUAUUUAGUUUGUACAGAUGGUGCAAGUAAGAAGUGUUGGACAUCUCUGGAGAGCUUCCCCUGCAAACACAAACCAGAGGUAGCCCAUUCUUUCUGUACUGUGCUCCCUGCUAUGGGAGGCUGGUAUAUAUUGGAUACAGAGUUAACUGGUCCCUUGCUCUUGGCUGUGGGUGGCCAGGAUUGAACAGGGAAUGAAGGAGCUUUAUCUGAGUGCCUGAUGUUUCUGUAGACCGGGAGAGUAUCGGGCUAGAUCUGAAUCCUCCUGAUUUUUUUGCUCCUAAAGAGAUGGACGUGAAUAAGAGAGUAGUAUUCAGACAAGACACGUGCAGAACAUGGACAGAGACUGUAAUGUGCUUGAGAACUGUCAGAAACAGUCCCAGAGGUUUUUUUCACCUCCUUUGAAGGUGCCUGCAGAUCAGCUAAGUUUCCAAGCAGUGUGAGUAUGCAGAGGGCUGCUGGAAAAGUGCACCUAUUAGGCAAUGGAUUUAUAUGUUGAUAUAUUCUUUUCAGAGAUCAUAGCCAACAAUUUGAAAAGGAAAAUGAGCAAUAUGUUGCAUUUCAUGCUGUGAAACUCCCAGCCUUUUACAGUAAAGAGAACUUCUGCAGGUUUGCAGAUGAUGCUCAGUUUGAGAAUGGUUGAUGCACCAAAUGGCAGCGUUGUCAUCAGAGGAACAUCAACAUGCUGGACAAGCGGGCUGACAGCAACCUCCUUAAACUGAGGAAAGACAAAUGCAAAGUUCUGCACAGAGGGAGAAAUAACACUGUGCACAUCUGAGAGGGCAACAGAGUGGAAAGUAGCUUUGCAGGAAGGGUCUGGGAGUCCUGGUGGGCAUGUGAGCCAGGGGUGAGACAGGCCAACAGCAUCAGGCUGCAUUAGGAAAAGCCAACAAGUCAGGGAAGGCAAUCCUUCCUCUCUUACUCAGCAGCAGUGAGGGCGUGUAUAGAGUGUUGUGCCCAGUUUUGGGCUUUUUGGAAAAGAAACCUAAACUGGUACAGAUAUGGACAACCUGCUUUACUUGGCCCUGCUUGGACAGAGGGGUUGGACUAGGCAAUCUCCAGCCUCGACCUGGAAUGAGCUUGUGUAGUUCUGCUUUCCAGCUGUAGAAUGGGCUGUUACUUGUUUGGGGCAGAAAGAAGUGAUGGAAGAUUAUUUAAACCUACUUUAAAUAAAGAUAGUGUCAGAUAUUAUGCUCCUGGUAGAGCUUAGUACAGCCUAUGGAGAGGCAAGUGAUUCAGGUAGACCUGUAUGCAAACUUGCAGAGUUACAAAUUGUAGACAUGCUGUCAGUACAAAAACUCUUCAGAUACUUCAGCAAGGAAGAGAAUGCCACCAAACUGGUGAGGGGAGAAAGUCUCCAACCACUUAGCGUGGGCAAAGCCCUUUUCUCCUUCAAGUCAGUAUGGAGUGGCUUUUAGUUGGACUCCUGUGUGUGAAUUGUGGCAGUGAAAAUUUGUGCUUUCAUGAACAUUAGAGUGCUACAGGAAACAAAGUCCAUUUGCUAACAUGGCGUUGAGUCUUUGAAUUGCUUUUGAAAAUUGAGUGCAUCUUCUAUGCUUGGGUAUAUUUCAAAACCUAUGGAAAGCGAUUGGUCCAAGCUUCACCAUGUAACCACUAAAUGCAUUUUACACUAAGAAAUUGAAUAUUCUACUGACUAGUUCAGUACACAUCAGAUUUUCCAGCAAUAGAGGAAGAAAAGCAAGUCUCCAUUUGGAUUUCCAGAUUACAGAAAUUCUGGUGUUUAAAAUACAUGCAUGGCUAGAUUUUAACCCAUCUAUUUCUUCAGACAGUUCUAUUUGAGCAAAUGUAUUUGAAUACUUACUUGAAAUGUGUAUUUUUACAUGUCAUGCAUAUUCUUUCCAACUCAGAUGUUUUGAUGGUACAACCAUGUUGGUGUGAUAAAUAUGACCAGUUAAGUACUGUUUAUUACUGGCUUUUGGCAAGAAUGUCUUGAGAUGCUGGCAAAGUACCCUGCUCUAAAGACUUGCAGGCUUCUGAUUCUGCAUGGCCAUCUUUCUUAAACUUGAAUCCCUGUUGAGACUCCUGUCCCAAGGACACCUCAGCCAUGUGCACAAAACUGAAGUCUGUUGCUCUAACUCGGGCGGUUUGAAGAUGCAGAAGUGCAGUUGGAUGCUGCCGUGUUCUCCUGUGCCUGGUUGCCAGUUUUUUGCUCUUGUUUUGUGUCUUGUCAAAAAACCCCACCAAACUGAUAAGACCCAUUUAGGGAGGACUGAGUGCUCAUUUUAUUGGCUUGGGGCAAUUAUUAAAUCUGGCCUUGUUGUCUGUGUCUUCACCCUUCACAGAAGCAUUGCCUGUGUCACCUUCCAUGUCAAGAUGCCCUCGAGAUGUAGAGCAUCCAAGGACCACUCUAGAUCAAGGAGGUUGGGGCCCCAGAUCCAUGGGGCUGAAGAGGAGUGGAAUGAUCUCUUUCUGGUUGCAGUCCAUGAGCUGGGACAUGCCCUGGGUCUGGAACACUCCAAUGAUCCCAGCGCAAUCAUGGCUCCUUUCUACCAGUACAUGGAAACACACAACUUCAAACUGCCCCAGGAUGACCUCCAAGGAAUUCAGAAAAUCUAUGGUCCUCCUAUUGAGCCUCUGGAGCCAACCAGGCCUUUACCGACUCUUCCUGUUCGCAGAAUUCAUUCCACUUCGGAAAGAAAACACGAGAGACAGCCUAGGCCUCCCAGUCCUCCUCUAGGUGACAGGCCAUCUCCUCCUGGCACAAAACCAAACAUCUGCGAUGGCAAUUUUAACACCGUGGCUCUCUUUAGAGGAGAAAUGUUUGUUUUCAAGGAUCGCUGGUUCUGGCGUCUGCGCAACAACCGGGUGCAGGAGGGAUAUCCCAUGCAAAUUGAGCAGUUCUGGAAAGGGCUCCCUGCAAAGAUUGAUGCAGCCUAUGAGAGAUCUGAUGGAAAAUUUGUUUUCUUCAAAGGAGAUAAAUACUGGGUUUUCAAGGAAGUGACAGCAGAGCCAGGAUACCCACACAGUCUCGUGGAGCUGGGGAACUGCCUGCCCCGGGAAGGCAUCGACACGGCUCUGCGCUGGGAGCCUGUAGGCAAGACCUACUUCUUCAAAGGAGACAGGUACUGGAGGUACAACGAGGACAAGAGGGCGACGGACCCAGGAUACCCAAAGCCCAUCACUGUGUGGAGAGGAAUCCCUCAGGCUCCACAAGGAGCUUUUAUCAGCAAAGAGGGCUUUUAUACCUACUUCUACAAGGGGAAGGAGUAUUGGAAGUUUGAUAACCAGAGGCUGAACGUGGAGCCAGGCUACCCCAGGUCAAUCCUCAAAGACUGGAUGGGCUGCAACCAGAAGGAUGUCGAGCGAAGCAAAGACAGACGCCUCCCCCACGACGAUGUGGAUAUUAUGGUGACAAUAAAUGAUGUGCCUAGCACUGUAAAUGCAAUUGCAGUUGUGAUCCCUUGCAUUUUGUCUCUGUGUAUCCUUGUCUUGGUGUACACGAUCUUCCAGUUUAAAAACAAAGAGGUGCAGCAGAAUGUUGUGUACUACAAAAGACCUGUCCAGGAGUGGGUAUGACACAGCCAGCUGCACAUCGACCGAUGAGGAUAUGGACAAAAAAAAAAACAAACAAAAAAAUGCAUUCAGAGCCUACCAAACAAAACUACUUCAGUGACUUACAAAGUUUUGGA